AUUCCGAGACAAAUGGCAGAUUUCAAGCAACUUCUAAUGGUGAGCAUAUCGAGACAGGCGGCAGACUUCCCGCAACUUGUUAUGAGCGAGGCUGCGGCUACGAUGAGGAGCGGCGUGACGGAGUGGCGGCCCCGCACGCUGGCCGCCUCCGCGGCCCUGCAGCCCGACCCCUGCCUCCGCCUCUGCCUGCUGGCGCUGCUCCUUGCCGCGGGCGCACAGGCGAGCUCGGACCUGUGGCCGCUGGAGAGGCCGGAGGGCAUGCCGGCCAUCCAGUCGCUGGAGGUGAUGUGCGGCAAGGACCACAUGGACGUGCACCUGUCCUUCACGCAGCCGUUCGAGGGCAUCGUGUCGUCCAAGGGGCAGUACGCAGACCCGCGCUGCGUCUACGUGCCGCCCUCCACUGGCAAGACCUUCUUCUCGUUCCGCAUCGCGUACGAGCGCUGCGGCACCAAGCCAGACCUGCACGGCCAGUUCUAUGAGAACACAGUCGUCGUGCAGUACGACAAGGACCUGCUCGAGGUGUGGGAUGAAGCUAAGCGUCUGCGCUGUGAGUGGUUCAAUGACUACGAGAAGACAGCAUCCAAACCACCUAUGGUCAUCGCUGACCUUGAUGUCAUCCAGCUUGACUUUCGUGGGGACAAUGUUGACUGCUGGAUGGAAAUACAGCAUGGAAAGGGUCCUUGGGCACCACCUGUAAGUGGUAUUGUUCCAUUAGGAUCAACACUAACACUUGUUGUGGCUAUAAACGAUUAUAGAGGUGAAUUUGAUAUGAGGGUGAAGUCCUGUGUAGCAUCAGAUGGAGGAGGCCAUGUUAUUCAGCUCUCAGAUGAACAUGGGUGUGUACUUAGGCCAAAAAUGAUUUCAAGAUUUUUGAAGGCACGUACAGCAGAUGAGAGGGCUACAGUCAUCACAUAUGCCUUCUUUCAUGCCUUCAAAUUCCCUGAUGCUCUGAGUGUUCACAUAAAAUGCAAGGUGGAGAUAUGCCGCCAUGGGUGUCCAGAGCACUGCCAACAUGGUCCAUCUGAGAGACGUGACACUGCCGUCCCUGCUCCGUCCGCACCACCUGAAUUACUGUUAUAUGAUGAGCUGGUGUCUGAUGGAACACCUGCUUUUGCAGAUGAGCCGGCAGUGCACAUGGCAGGCAACAAGGGAGCAACAAUUCCAAGGCAACCUUUUCAGGAACAGCCACAUCCUGGACACCGUGAUGGUCAAGAACGUUUUCCACACGGGCCUCGCACUCUCAGAAGCACCGGAUUUGCAAGACCACGCCGUUCUGUAGCUGUACCAGCAGGAGGCAAUGCUGAUGUUGGUGUCAGUGGGCUGUAUGAUGUCGUGUCAGAGGCAGACCUAGCCUUUACACCUGACUCACGACCCGAGGCAGUAACAGUAUUUCAAGGACGAACACGUGAAGAGGAGGUAGUGUAUGGAGUCUGCCUGCCUGUGCCAGGAUUUGGAGCACUGUUUGCACUGGCAGCCCUUUCCGCUGUAGCAGCUGCUUUAGUCGCUGGGGCUUUGCUAUACCGGUACCAGGUGCGGCGUGAGACUGCGGCAGCAGCCCAAACAUCAGGCAGCAACAAUACAGGAGGACGUAGCAUUGGCCGCCAGGCAAAUGGCGUGCCACUUGAUGCUCUCGGUCCUCAGCCACAGCCACAGGCACAUGCACAUGUGCAGAGAGCACACCGAUCUUCUGGACAGUCAGAAACAAGUGGUUGAAUAGUACAGUGUGUAACUGUGUCUGAAUCACAAUUAAAACAUGUCGCAGUACUGCAGUACACACAACAGAUGAAUAGCGCAAAAAACAUUGAUUCCAAUUAACAUAAACUGCAUUAUGUGAACUGGUGUGACUGAAAUACUCUUUGUGUCAGUACAGCAUCAAAAUAAGCAGCCAGUAUCUUAUAUUAUUGGGCAGGAGAUAAGGUUGCCAAUAAGAGACGUGCACAUAAUUUAUGACAAAGCCAAAUCCUUACACAAAAAGUAGAUGUUUGUACAGAACUUUCAAAGAUGUAGAAAAUUAAAAUCAGUUAAUGCGUGUAUAUAUUAUAUAUUUACCUCUAAUGUAAACGUCAAUCUAUCU